AUGCUCGACCACAGGACUCCACGGCGUCCUACGAAUCAGCGCUCUAGAAGCGUGGGCAGACUAGGACCAACAACACGCCUUGUAGCAACAGACAUCGUCUUCGCUCCUCCAGCACAGACCCCAGAUGACGAUUCCGAAAACAUUGGAUCGAGAACUUCUAGUGUCUUCCUGUGUUCCUACAGCACAACACCUAACCCGGCAUCCCCUGGUGGCGUUUCACCUGUUGAAGCUUUGAUGGAACGAAAGCUGUGUAAAACGUUUCAUGCACUCUUUCCUACCGGUGGGCAGCCCGCGCAGACAUCUCCAGUCUCUAACAGCCAACUUUCCGUCGGAACACCUGUCUUCUUUCCUGAUUAUCGAGCUGGGUUCCCAGACUGGAUUGAGGCAACCGUAGUAGCGCACAGAGGCAGCAUGUUGUUCGAUGUCGACGUUGGUGAUGACGUCUGGGUUCGCCACCACAACCAGAUCCGAUGGCGACAUCGCAGUACCAAAACUGGGCUCGAGUCGGUGCCGUCACUCCCUCUUGACAUCCUACUGGAUACGUUCGACAUUCCGACAGAUCGAUCGGAUCCCAAAACCACUGCUGCGCCUCCUUCGGAUGUACCGCCAUCGGUAUCAGUCACUGCCCCCGUGUCUCCAGACAAUAAGCCACGACUAAUACGCCGGACCAACCGCGUGGGCCAAUCAGCACGGCUGAUGCAGGUCAAUCCACGCCAAAAGCGGUAG